CUGUGUGUGUUCAGUAGUGGUAGAGGAAGGCGCUGCCCCUGCUGUAAGGCUGGGAGACCCCGAGGUUCGGCCUUUUUCCGCGCGGCGCUGUGUGAGGAAACAUGCCGGCCAAAGGACCCAUCCAGUCUGUGCAGGUCUUCGGACGCAAAAAAACAGCCACCGCUGUUGCCCACUGUAAGAGAGGAAAUGGACUGAUUAAAGUGAACGGCAGACCCCUUGAGAUGAUUCAGCCAGCUACCCUCCAGUACAAGCUGCUGGAGCCCAUUCUGCUGCUGGGAAAAGAGCGCUUCGCUGGCGUUGACAUCAGAAUCCGUGUGAAGGGUGGUGGACACGUCGCACAGGUCUAUGCUAUUCGCCAAGCCAUCUCCAAAGCCCUGGUUGCUUACUACCAGAAAUUUGUGGAUGAGGCUUCCAAGAAGGAGAUUAAGGACAUCCUGGUUCAGUACGAUAGGACCUUAUUGGUUGCGGACCCACGUCGCUGCGAGUCCAAGAAGUUCGGUGGACCCGGAGCUCGUGCCCGCUACCAGAAGUCUUACCGUUAAACUAUUUGUGCAUAUUUCGUACAAUUAAAAAUGAGAAAAUAA